UAGUCUUUUAAUGUAAAUGUGCCCGUGUCUGUGUGAUCAUUUAGGUCAAAGACUGUAAACCAAAAUGAAUAUGCCUUGUAAUUGAAACUUGUCCACUCACUGUGUGAUUGUUGGCUAACGCUAGCGUUAUCAUUAGCAAACCUGUUAGCUUAUUAGCUGCUAACCGUAUUCAACUUCUCUUUGCAGCUGGCACAAUAUUUGCUUUAAACAUGGCUCUCCCCCUGCUCUCAAGAUCAAUUGCUGGGCUCCUUGGAGAGUCCCCAUCCAUAAUUCACCAGAGGACUUUUAGUGUAUCCGCUGUUGCAGCUGCCAUUCAAAAGAUGACAAGAGUGCGUGUGGUGGACAACAGCCCUCUUGGAAAUACACCAUAUCACCGUGCACCAAGAGUGAUCCAUGUCUACACCAAGAAUGGUGUAGGAAAAGUUGGUGACAAAGUGUUGCUUGCCAUCAAAGGGCAGAAGAAGAAGGCGCUCAUCGUUGGACACAAACAGCCUGGAGAUCGCAUGACUCCUCGCUUUGACUCAAACAAUGUUGUUCUGAUUGAGGAAAAUGGGAACCCUACAGGCACUAGGAUUAAGGUCCCUAUACCUACACAUCUACGCAAUGUGGCGGGAGAUUACUCUAAAGUCCUAGCAAUUGCUAGUUCAUUUGUUUAACAGGCAUUGCAACUGUGAUUUGUUCUUGAUUUUUAUUUCACAUCUGCUUGGGGAUAUAUUAACGUUAUCCUUGUACAUGUUCUUGUAUUCAGUAAACUAUAAAGAGUAUACAAAACUGCAA